GAUUUAUAAAAAUUAUAAUAAUAAUAAAUAAUAAUAACAUUUUGUUUUAUCUAAGACGAAUUAAAUGAUWUAACGUUAAACGUGUACUUAUGUAAUAAAUAAUAAUAAUAUAUUAUAAGUGCGUUAUUUGUUAUCAUCGAUGAUAGUCAUACUCACAACUUAAAUAAUACAUCGCGUCUUAGGUUUUUUACUAGACUGCAUCGGCAAACGGUGCACUUCUUAAAUCGAUUGUGUCGCUCCAACAACACUAUAUUAGCCGUUCGCCUGUUACAUAUCAGUUUACUGUCGAAUUUAUGACAUUUUCGAAUUUGUCGGUACUUACCUAAUACUACUAACUAAAACUAUUACAGAAUAACCAUGUGGAUUAAUUAUAUUGCAUACACUUUGAUAAGUGUAAUCAAUGUGUAUUGUAUAUCUACAUUUACAACAGUUACAUCCAGUAAGACAGAUAAUGCUGUAUUCAUAUACCCAGGACAAGAUAAAAGUGAACGAGACUUAGGCAUUUGUGAACAACAUAGUGUAUGUAAUAUUGUACACCUUAGGUUUUGGUUUCCAAAUCAAGUUGAACGUUUAUGUAAAUGCCCAAAUCGUGAGGAAUGUCCAUGGAAGUGGAGCACAAAUGAUAAUCUUAGUAUGCCGUUAGAUAACCGCUCACAACUUAAGUUUUGUAAACCCAUUAACGAACUGCCUGACUGUACAACAAAAUCUGAUGAAUCUAUAACCAUUAUAAAAAGCCAAGAGGAUAACAAUGUUCAAGUAAAAGCCAAAGUCCACUGCAACUGUCCACACCACACAACUUGGACAUUGAUAAAACAUGAACAAAAAAAUCAACAUAAUGAAACUACUGAUAUAAGUUACGUUGAAGAUUUAUUCAAAUGCAAAAAAUUAAAGGAUUGCAAUUCUGGUGAAUUUUGUGGAUAUAUAAGAACAGACUACUACUCAACAUACACUAAAUGCACUUGUCCAUACGGUCACUUGUGUUUACACAAAGAUAGAGAAGAAAGUACAACAUAUGAAAUGUUAUUUUAUGGAACAUCAUAUAGAGCAGAAUGUACACUGUUAAGUACUGAAGUAAAAUAAGUCUGAAAAUA